UUGAGUAUUCUCUCUUUCCUCUUAAGGACGUUUGAGAAGAGCCUAUUUGAUGAGAAUCUUUGGACGCAAAACUCAGAGACUGAGAUUUUUCAUUUUUUGGUACAAUUUUUCAGAAGGAAGAUCAUGUGAGAAUAUAUGUGUGUGUGAUUGUGAGAGAUAUCCCAAAAGUCUUAUUCGUUUAUGAGCAAAUUUGGUUUUGGUGGGGCAUUAGAUUCGCAGGAAACACACCCCAAUUCUGAUAAAUGAUGGGUUAUUUUCUAAUUGAUUUGGUUCACAAAGGAUCGGAAAAAUGGGAUUCGGGUUCGCGAAGAAUCUGAAGGGGAGAAACUAAAACUGAAAGCUCAGGGUGAUAAAGAAAUGGAUACCAGAGAAAGGACCUUUCAAUUUUAUUUCAGUUUGUAUAACAAAGCUUGAGGUACAAUUCUGUGAAAAGAAAGACCUCUAGUUAAGAGUCCAAUACCCAGAAUCCAAAGCGGCUUAAAAAGAGGGUGCUUUUUUUCCAUUUCCUCCUCUAUCAUUUUUUUUUUCAAUUUUUUUUUUUAUUUGUUAUCUUUUAUCUCUCCCUUUGGACUAUUCCCUGAAUAAAUAACCCCAAAAAGCUGGAAUUUUUGUUUGUCUAAAAAAAAAUUACUAAAAACCAAAACCAAAACAAAAUCCAGAAACCAGAACCAGAACCAGCAGCUCACCUCGCUCCAUUACAAACCCAUCUUUAAUAGCACAAAACAUAAACUGCCACACAAAGCCCAAGAAAUUUAUAUCAGACAACUGAUCCACAGAGAGAGGGAUAAUAAAAGAGAGAAGGUGAGCGAGAGAGAGUUGGUUUUGUUGUUUGGAAAUGGAAACCAGGGUGAGGUGGGCUUUAGACACCUGUCGGUCAUAGGCCUUAGAGUCGUGAAUAAUCGCUUUCUAUAGGGGGACGGUUUUAGCUCUCUCUGUCUUUCUCUUUUCUCUCUCCGCUCUUUCUCUGUGUCUUGUAAUGGUUAGAAAGUGGGCAGGGUUGUGGCUACUAGUAGUAGUAUCACAGGGCUUCUCGCAGGCUGUAAUCUGUGUCUAUAGGGUUCGUUUUCUUCUUUAUGUUGUUCGUAGUUUGCCAUUAAUGCUUUUCUGGAAAGUCUCAAAAAGAAAGAAAGCUUUGCCCAAAAAAACUGUUUAAAGUUGUGGAGAAAAAACAUGUCACUGCGCUGUUUAAAAAAAAAAAUCCCAUUAUAUUUGCAUCUGUUACACUGAUUAAAAUAAUAUAUUAAUCUGCUCUGUAAUUGAACCUUCAUUUCAAAGGUACAUACACCAAAUUUUAAGAAUUUUUUUUUUCCCUCUUCUAUUGUAAAUUCGUCUUCAUUUUUUUUUUUCUGUGCUAAAUUUACAAUUUGCAUUUCGGAAUUUUCCCAUUGUGGGUUUCUAGAAAUGUGAACAAAUUCGUGAAAUAGAAAAAAGAAAAAAAGAAAAAAAAAAGGGCAUUAAUUGGAUUCUGCAGUUACUUAUUUAUUUUUUUUAAUUACAGGGAUUGGUGGGUGUUGGAACAAAAAAGAAAAAGAGUUAAGAAUGGUUGCAGAAGCAUAGCAAAUAGAGCUUCUUGUUUCCCGGGCAGCGCCGCUCGUGUUUGUCGCUCGUGCGGCUUCAUUCAAAAUCUUCAGCUCCCAAAACCCAGAUCUCGAGGCUCUUCUAGUUUUUGUUUCCUAGCUGACAUCUGUUUAUAAUCUUCUCUGGGUUUACUUUUAUUACACACCGUUCGUGACCCUUCAUCCACCUUUCCUUCCUCCGCCAUUUUCUCUUUUCAAACCCAAAACGACCCCAAUCCUUCAAUACAAAGCACUUUGAAAGAGCUUUUUCCUAUCUGGGUUUUUGUUUUUAUUACAUAUAUACACUCUCAAAAUGUGAAAACUGGCUUUUGAUAUAUUGCAUUGGCCAUAAUCCCAGGAGGGUCGGUGAUAGUUUGUUGAAAAAUGCUGUUACAUUGCAUUCAAACCGAGUAUUGGGAUCAAUAUUAAAGCUUUUAGAACAUGCAUAAAAAAGGUUGUCAUUGGCUGUCUCUUGGCUUGGUACUUGGUUCCUAGGAGCAAAACUCGGUCCGCGAAUGGUGGCUUUGGUGGGUACUUUAGGGGCUAAGUAGUUCAUUUUGAGAUUGACUGUAAGGGAGUUGUGGGGAUAGUGAGUUUUUGAUGUGGAAUAUUGGUCAGUACAGACAUGCGAAGCUCUAAUGAGGAUGAAUAUGAUGUGUUCUUCGACUCAGCUGAUCGAUUGUCAUCUGUGGAGUCAAACUUAGUGGAAGAGGAGUUGAGAUGUAGUAACUUGGACUACCAAAUUUGGGUUAAUGAGCCCCAAAGUGUCAAGGAAAGAAGGGAGAGUUUUCUAAGAGGAAUGGGUUUAGCGGAAUUUGCAUCUUCAAUGAUAUGUUCUCGGGAUAUGGAAAUGGAUGUUGGCUGCUCAUCAAAGAUAAUGGGAUUGGACAGACUUAGGGAAUGCAGUGGAGCAGCCUCGAGUUCGUGUAGAGAUGAAGGAGAUGAUAAAGCAAAUUUUAUAGGUAAUGAAUUAUAUGGAAACCAACAAAACGAGACUAAAAUGGUUUUCACCAGGGAAGAGUGUGCAGAAAGAGAAGCCGAGAUUCAUGUAGAAGACUGUCGAAGUUGUCAUGAGAAUAGAAAGAAAAUGAGGAAUUGGUGGAAGCGUUUUGUAAAUAAAAGGAAGGGCGGAUGCAAUACAGUCAUGACUGAUGCAUCAAGUCCUGGUAGAGAGACACCUAAAAGUGCUAAAAUACAGGUUCAACAGAACAAUAAGAGGUGUCUGGAAUUUACUGCACCUUAUAUUGGACAAGAAAUCCAUGCACACAAGGGCUUUAUUUGGACAAUGAAAUUUAGUCCAGAUGGCCAGUAUCUGGCAAGUGGUGGUGAAGAUGGGGUUGUAAGAGUUUGGCGUGUGAAGGUAGCAGAUGCUUCUUCUGAUUAUUUAGCAGCUGGUGGAAACUUUUGUAGCAAACUCAAAGAAGGCAAAUCCAGUUUUAGAAGAAAACAUCCAGUCCAUGCCUCUGUUAUCUUUCCUGAUAAGGUUUUUCAGAUUCAUGAGUCACCGUUGCAAGAGUUUCAUGGCCAUUCCUCUGAUGUCUUAGACCUGGCAUGGUCUAAUUCUAAUUGUCUUCUUUCAUCUUCCAAAGAUAAAACUGUUCGACAGUGGAAACUUGGCUGCAAUCAAUGUCUUAAUGUUUUCCGUCACAAUAACUAUGUGACGUGCAUUCAGUUCAAUCCUAUUGAUGACAAUUACUUCAUCAGUGGAUCCAUUGAUGGAAAAGUUCGUAUUUGGGGGCUGUCCCAGAAGCGAGUUGUUGACUGGGCUGAUGUGCGAGACGUGAUAACUGCCAUAUGUUAUCGACCAGACGGAAACGGUUUUGUUGUUGGCACGAUUAGAGGCACUUGCCGUUUCUACGAAUCAUCAGGUGAAUGUCUCCUGCUGGAUGCACAGAUAGAUAUUCCUGGUAAAAAGAAAACUGCAGGCAGCAAAAUCACCGGCAUCAAGUUCUCCCAGGACAGAACUCAAAGAGUUAUGAUUUCAUCAGAAGACUCAAAACUCCGAAUAUUUGAUGGGGUUGAUCUUGUUCACAAAUACAAAGGUCUGCCCAAAUCAGGUAGUCAAAUGUCAGCUUCAUUUACUUCAAGUGGCAGACAUAUAAUUUCUGUUGGAGAGGACUCUCGAGUUUAUGUCUGGAACUAUGAUGGGUUGUCUGUCACUGCCACUAAACAAACAAAAUCUGUUCGAUCCUGUGAGCAUUUCUUUUAUGAAGGUGUGUCAGUAGCGAUACCUUGGUCAGGUAUUGGAACAGAAAAGUGGAGCUUAGAAAGUACAACUUCAUAUUCCUCGCAUGCAUCGGACCACCUUGAGCAUGCUUCCUGGAUAAGAGAUUCAGAACGGUUUUCUCUUGGUAAUUGGUUCUCCAUGGAUGGCCAAUGCAGGGCCUCUUUAAUGUGGCCGGAGGAGAAACUUCCUCUCUGGGAUUUAUCAGUUGUCGGAGAUCAAACCCAUCCUCAGCAUUUUGAAGAAACUCAGCAGCAUCACCAAGGUAAAGUGCAAAGCAAAGUUAUUUCGGAAACAUGGGGGCUUGUGAUUGUUACUGCUGGAUGGGAUGGUACAAUAAGGAUUUUCCACAAUUAUGGAUUGCCCGUGAGGCUCUAAAAAUUUCGUGGGGAUCACCCUGCUCUAGUCAAACGUUGUGAUCUAUGAGCCGAUAUGAUAAAAUAGUUCUUGAUAUUUCUCAAUAUUUGUCCGUCUUUCUUCUGUAGGUAAAAUUUUAGUCGGUAAGCAAUAUCAGUGGUAGAGUUAGCAGCUGCGAAGUUUUGGAGGAAGUAGGAUUUGUCCAUUCCAUGUUUCUGUUAGCAUACUCGUUGUAGGCGUUUAUUUAUGUGCUACGAGUUUGUAAAUCUUCACGUGCCUCCAUAUGAUGAAGGCCCUCUUAUUUCUAUUAUUUUCUCUUAUCUUCUUUCCUUAUGUUGACAUUUUUAUGUGAAUAACACUUAAUAUAAUACAAUACAGGAAAAAAAGUAGUAAAAAAUACAAUGAAAAUUUUGGAUUUUUCUA